AUGGCUCCCAGCAGAAAGACUGCCACGACUGCCGAAGUCGCUUUGGUACCCCUCAAGUCAUGUCUCGUGAACUUGCCAACCCCGGUCGUUUCGCUGCUGGUGAAUGCUAAUGCAGCUGCCCAAAACGUCAUCGUGGAACUACAGUAUCGACCGUCGAAUUCGCAGUCCGCUGCUCAAAAGUCGUCUUACCUAGGAUGGACGGGCAUGCCGAGCAAGCGGAGGCUGGCGCCGGUAGUUGGCAGAGAUGGAAUCAAUUCGAACACAUCUGCUAGAGAACAAGAGAUUUCAUCUAUCGAAAUCGAUAUCACCUUUGCCAGGGUAUUGGGUCUAACCGAGGGCCAGAAGGUUGGAUUAUUCUUACACCUCGACAAUCCGGUUGCGCAGACUGUCAACAUCGAACCAUUGACACCAGCUGAUUGGGAGAUUAUCGAAUUACACGCUUCUUUCCUGGAACUGAAUCUGCUGCAUCAAAUCCGAGCUCUUCCUAACCCCGGCUAUACCAGCCCAGGAUCGAAUCCAACGAACCAUUUACACCCUCUUACCUUACACCUUUCGCCGACCUCUACCGCAAAUAUCGUUGUUACUUCGUUGACCCCCGCUCCUCCUACGACAUCGCCUUUUGCUAAAAUUGCGCCUGAUGCGGAAGUCAUAGUGGCGCCAAAAGUUCGACCGAAAUCUGGUAGAGCCAAUAGAGGGGAGAAUCGAAGCACGACAAGCAAUAGUCGCAAAAGCGUCGGUGAAAGAAGUAGCAGCAGCACGGUGCGGCCGAAAAGUCGUGGUUCCGAGUCCGAUGAACACGCAGUCUAUCUUCGAGGCGUGGACCGGCAACAUGUCAGAGAUUGGUUUGAUGAAGACAUUCCCGGCCAUAGCAAUGAUGGUUUGAAAGUAUGGGCUGAUCGUAGUGUACUUUCAAGUCAUGAGCUCCGUGGGAAUCAAUGGGUAGCUGUUUCUGUCAUUCAACCAGCAGGACUACAACCUCCAGUCGACCCGCAGCAACAGUUGCAGCAGAAAGAACAAGAAUCGGGUGAAGCUGGACGGUUGUCGACUAAAAUUGUGGCCAAAAUUCAACCAUGGGACGAUGCUCCUGAUCCCAAGCACGUUGCUAUCUCGUCACGUCUCUGCGAAGCUCUGAAUUGCUCAGGGAUCAUAGGAGGUAUUGUUCGUGUGGAAAUUGCCCCCACACAGCUAAGCACUUCUUCGGUUAAAGCGAUAAAAAUAUACCCUUUCAUUUCAGACAUUUCCAAAAAGCGAGAUGGACUCAAAUUCGGAGGAGAAACAGUUGCAUCUCGUACCGCACUGGCCGAGCGAAUCAAGUUCAGUUAUGGCAGUACUGGUUCAGAUUCUGGUCUCAUGUCAGGGCCUCUUACGGACGGAAUGCUAAUCCCAGCAGUUGAUAAUCAGUUUUCUGCGGGUGCUUUCGACGGGGGUAUCCUGCGUUUUGACCCACCUUUGAAAAAUGCAGAGGGAGUAUCUUUGUCCGGCUGGAUACUAGGAUCAGAGAGCAAAUUCGUCAUUGAUGUACAGCCGGAUAUACCAAAACCGAUAGACACUACAUUGUCGAGUGUAGCUACAGACGAGCGAAUACCUCUAACACCACCGAACAUGGUUGGGAUUGACACACUUAUCAAUCAGAGCCUUACAAACUUGUCGAGAGGAUCAUCUAUUUUGUUGACUGGCGGUCUUGGGUCUGGCAAGACAUCGCUAUGCCAGUUGCUGGCAGCUCGUCUACGGGAAGAGCAACUCUGCCACGUAUCUUAUUUCCCUUGCCGCAAGCUGGUCACAGAUGAAACUCGCGUGUCUACUAUCAAGGAGACCUUGAACCGACAAUUUAUGUCUGCAUCUUGGUGCGCUCGCCUCGGUGGUACAGCCCUUGUCAUUCUUGACGACCUGGAUAAACUCUGCCCUGUAGAGACGGAACUUCAAGUCGGCGGUGAAAAUGGACGAAGUCGUCAGGUCAGCGAAAUAAUAGGCUCGAUUGUUCGCCAGUAUUGCACGACGACAUCUUCGGUGGUAUUCUUAGCCACAGCACAGUCAAAGGAGUCCUUGAACAAUAUCAUCGUUGGAGGUCAUAUUGUGCGAGAAAUCUUGACCUUAAAGGCACCGGGUAAGGAAGGUCGACGGAAAGUUCUGGACAAGCUCAUGAGUCAAGAUAAGGAAGAUCACGCACUCAGAGGUCACCAACGCAACGAAAGUGGAUCAACCGAAGAUUCCUGGCUCGACCCCUCGAAUCCUGGAAGCCGACCAGGUUCGUCUGGAGCAGACGGCUUUGUGCUGGCACGCGACUUGGAUCUUUUGGACUUAGCUGGUAAGACAGACGGCUAUAUGCCUGGAGAUCUUGUGCUGUUAGUAUCUCGAGCUAGAAAUGAAGCUUUGAUACGAUCGGUGCAAGACAUGAGUGCAGAUUCCACGAAAAUUACAUUGAUGAUGGACGAUUUUGAGCGAGCCUUGAAAGGGUUCACCCCGGCAUCUCUUCGCAACGUCACAUUAACAUCUUCUUCAACUACUUUUUCUUCGAUAGGUGGUCUUCACGCCACACGACAAACUCUUUUGGAGACUUUGGAAUACCCUACAAAAUACGCACCUAUCUUCGCACAAUGCCCCCUUCGCCUACGAUCAGGUCUGUUGCUGUAUGGCUUUCCUGGUUGUGGUAAGACAUUACUUGCCAGUGCAGUGGCUGGUGAAUGUGGCCUGAACUUCAUCAGUGUGAAGGGUCCAGAAAUCUUGAAUAAAUAUAUCGGAGCAAGUGAGAAAAGUGUUCGUGACCUUUUCGAACGCGCCGAGGCUGCGCGGCCUUGUAUCUUGUUUUUCGAUGAAUUCGAUAGUAUCGCACCAAAGCGUGGACAUGACUCUACUGGUGUUACUGAUCGAGUAGUGAAUCAACUGUUGACGCAAAUGGAUGGUGCUGAGGGUCUUUCUGGGGUUUAUGUAUUAGCAGCAACGUCAAGACCAGAUUUGAUCGAUCCGGCUCUGCUGCGUCCCGGUCGCCUCGACAAGAGUCUUCUGUGCGAUAUGCCUUCACAUGAUGACCGAAUUGAUAUUUUACAAGCCGUGAGCAAGAAACUCAACCUCAGUCCGGACGUUCAAUCCCGUGUCGGAGAAAUCGCCUCUCGGACAGAAGGAUACUCUGGAGCUGAUAUCCAAGCUGUUAUUUACAAUGCCCAUCUUGAGGCAAUUCAUGAUCUUCUGGGAGAUCGCUCAACAUCAGCGUCAGGUUAUACAACCAAGAGGACAAACGGCGCACAGGCCAACGGAACCGACGCAUCAAGCAAAUCAUUCAUACAAUUUCUCUACUCCGAGCAGGAAGCAGAUAAAUCGAGCGUUGGCGUCAACGCCAAACUCGACCCACCAGCUGUUAUCGCUGCAAGAUUGGCGGCCCUGAAACAGGCCCGACGCCGUCAGCGACAGGUCGAACAUGGUACAUACGAGACCGCCGACGGCCAAGAACAGCAACGAGCCAAUGGCACAGGGACGGAUAAUGCCAGCGACGAAGUUAUCAUUCAAUGGCAGCAUGUUGAGCGGUCAUUGUCCACGACUCGCUGCUCUCUGAGUGAUCGGGAAAGGCGACGCCUAGAGGCGAUCUACCGCGAGUUUGUGGUUGGACGAAAUGGAGAGAUGCCGAACGGCGAAGGCGCGAGAGAAGUUGGUGGAAGGACAAGCUUGAUGUGA